GUCAGCUCCUGCAGACUCCCACAUCCCGUAUCGAUCUCAUCCUCUGCGGACAGAGACAGAGCGAGAAAUAGAAUUUGACAUCGCCUGUGUAAACAGAUUGAUUACAUUUCCUCAGCAGCACCCCGCAGAACUGUGAUGAAGAUCUUCCGUCACUUGCUGUGCCAACGCCAUCUAAUCUCAAGACUUGCUGUCCGCUUUUUGUACUGAGUCUAAGCUGUUUGAAGAGGAAGAGAGGGACGGAGAUGAGAGGGAAGUGGCUGUAUUGGAUUUUGAGCAGUGGCGGCCUCAAUAACAGGAAUGGACUUAUGGAUAUAAUUUGAUUGGUGGGAAUAAAGGCCAUCAGCCCACUGAACCACAGACACUCCGAUGAUGAGCAUACACAGCACAUGUGCCACGAGACGGGACGUUUUUUUCAUUGUAGAGUGUGAGUAGAAGCAGGUGUGGCGAUUGUGUCCCAACAUGACUCUUUCAUUAACAACAAAGCUGGCGACAGUCAUCUGGAUGAAGGUGAUUUUCCCCUUGGAUUUCCACACUGGAAUAACCCAAGCACCACAAUCCAGACAUGGCUUGAGAGUAACAUUGAUGAAGCAGCUGGAGUUCAGACUUCUCUUCAACAACAACAAAAAAAAGUGUUUCUUGGUUUUGUGGAUUUUCAGUGGAUCUCAAAGAAAAGAGCUCAGAAGACCAAGAAUAAAAGGUGUCUCUCUGGAGCUCAACAAUGAUGUCAUACCUCAAACAGGCCCCCUAUGCCAUGAACGGGCUGGGGCUCAGCGGGGCAACCAUGGACCUCCUCCAUCCCUCUGUGGGAUAUCCGGCAAAUCCUCGUAAACAGAGAAGAGAGAGAACCACGUUCACUCGCACUCAGCUGGACAUCCUGGAGAACCUGUUCGCUAAGACGCGCUACCCAGACAUUUUCAUGCGCGAGGAGGUGGCCCUGAAAAUCAAUUUGCCCGAGUCAAGAGUGCAGGUUUGGUUUAAGAACAGAAGGGCAAAGUGUCGGCAGCAGCAGCAGAGCAGCAGCAAUUCGAAGAUCCGUCCAGCGAAAAAGAAACCCUCUCCAUCCCGCGAGAGCCCGGGGUCAGAGAGCAGCGGUCACUUCACUCCUCCUGCCGUCUCUUCAUCGUCCUCAUCUUCGUCCUCAGGCUCCAACCCCUCUGGUCUUAGCGGAGUGAGUCUGAUCAGCAGCUCGUCCUCAGGAACAACACCUGUCUCGUCCAUCUGGAGUCCCGCUCCAGUUUCGCCACUCCCUGCUCCCUCCUCGCUACCCGACAUCUCCCCCCCGGCCAGCGCGUCCUGCAUGCAGAGGGCCAUCUCGGGCGCCGGGAGCUCAACAGGAGUGCCGUCAUAUCCCAUGCCCUACAACCAGGCUCCCAGCUACGCCCAGGGCUACCCGACCUCGAACGCCGCCUCUUAUUUUGGAGGCAUGGACUGCGGAUCCUACUUGGCGCCCAUGCCAGGUCACACCCACCAUCACCCGCACGCCCAUCACACACAGCUGAGCACCGCCCCUCAUCACCACAUCGGGCAGAGCGGCGGGCACCCGCACCACCCUCACCAGGGGUACGGCGGCACUGGGCUGCCUUUCAGCUCCUCAGACUGUCUGGAUUACAAAGAUUACAAAGAGCAGGCUGCCGUGGCAUCAUCAUGGAAACUGAACUUCAGUUCUGCGGCGGCGGACUGCUUGGACUACAAAGACCAGGCCGCCUGGCGUUUUCAGGUUUUGUAAGGACUUCUGAUGUUGUUUACUGACGUUUACUUGUUUGUUUUCCUUUGGAGAAAGUCCCUUCCUUAACAUCGGACACCACUGGGAAGAAGUAGUGACUUUUGUGCCAACUUUUUCCAGCCGUAGGAACAAGGGUUACCAAUGUUUCUUGUGCAUUUUAAAAUCGAGACGGGUUCUUCGUCUCCCUCAAUGGACAGAGGAAGAAGCGAGGGCCAAAUAUGUCGCACUCCCGGCACGACGCACUGAACGAAAGAGACACGUGGUGUUUGAAACAAUGAAGGCAAUAAUAAUUUUAUAUAUGAUUUUCUUUACAGAGGAAAAGGUGACUUGCACCUUACAGCUCAUGUGAGAUGUUAAAAACUAAUUUGCGUUCAUGUUCAUUUAAUAAAUAUAAGCUUAAAAAUUGA